AUGCAAAUAGCCCAGAAAGGCCCCCAAGCGCUAGAAAAAUUCCCAUAUCUAAGCGACAUGCCCUGGAGUGAAAAUGAAGCCUAUAUAGGUGUGGGUGGGAGGGAGAACAAUGAUAUGGCUCUGAAAGAGAACAAUUCGAAUGAAGAGCCCACUACUGGUGCAGUGGCCAUACAAAUAUCCCACUGUUGCGCAGAAGGCGGAGACGCGCGGGGAGAUUCCCAGCUCGCCCACCUUGUCCAACAAGCAUUUGUUGGAUCAAACUCUUCUACCACCUCCCCCUCUGGAGGCUCACACACCUCAACUAUUAAAUGUGAUCGGGAGCCUUACGAUGUGUUCAGUGAGUGUGUCGGUAGACUCUGCCAAAAGCUAUGGCCUCCAGAGAAAUCCAUCAAGCUUCGUAUCCUGAAGAGUAAAGCUGCCGCCCGAUUGCGCACGAAUAGUUUCUGCGGCUCUCUUGUCCCCUCGCUACAAAUCCCACUGAUAGAGCGGCUCCCGGGGGGCGAUUACAACCGCAUCACGGGUAUAAUAUUACCCUCAUCAUACAGCGUGGACAGUCGCAGGCUGAUCCUUCGAGUACCACGAGAGAAGACAUCCAGACCUGACCGGGAAGUGGCCACUUUGAACUAUGUGCGCGAGAGGACGUCAAUACCUGUGGCCCAGGUUGCGGCGAAGGACUUCAGCCGUGACAACUCUCUGAAGAAACCAUACGAACUACAGCACCGCAUUCCCGGGACUGAUAUCAAUUUGGUAUGGAAUGAUCUCAGCUAUAGCCAGCCAUAUAGUGUCGCUCGCAAGUUGGGCGGUGUAAAUCAGAUAGCUUUUGUCGUGAGGGAGUUCAUAACUGCAUACGUAGUCACAGAAAAAGAGUCAGAAAAGCUGCUGAUCGUUCCAUUCGAACUAGGGGGGAGGGAUGGUUAUGGUGAGCUUCUUGAAGGCCCGGACGCCAAGAAACUUGUUCGCAUUCAAGCUCUGCCGUAG